AUGAUCGAAAAACCAUGUGUGUGCGAAGGAAAGGAAGAAGAGAAGGAGGGAAUAUCUUUUGGACCACGCACCGAUGACAUUUAUCGUACCUGUAAUCUACCAACGCGAUUCAUGUACCCACGCGUGUUCCAGGGAUAUCGACAGGACGAGACUCCUCUCCCUCAUCCUUGUUACAGGAGCACGACGAUGGACUACGGAUGGUACGCACCGACCGUUCACACAGUGCCCACCAGAUAUUAUCCUCGAAAUACUUCUUUCAGUGAGGGCCAAGCAAUCGGUGGGAUGUAUCGAAACUGCUCUGUCAAUACAGAAUUGGAUAAAAGUGUUAUUUAG